AUGCCUUCUUAUGAGAAGGCCAUGCCUCUAGGCGGCCCUCUACCAAAAUUUGGCGACUGGGAUGUCAACGACCCUGCCACAGCUGAAGGAUUUACUGUCAUAUUCAACAAGGCCAGAGAUGACAGAAGGUCUGGCGCUGGAACUCCAUUGAUUCUGGCAGCACCAGACAAAUAUGAUGCCCGUAGAAAGAAGGACAAAUAUAAGUACCCCAAAAAGAGCAAAUGGCUUUGCUGUGGUUAA